AGAAGAAUCCGUAGCAGAAGAAGAAGAAGAAUCCGUAGCAGAAGAAGAAGAAGAAGAAGAGGGAGAGGGUGGUGUACAUCGUCUGCUCCAGCACCGUAACGUUAUGCCGAACAGGUGGCGAUGGCUGGGAAGUCGAAGACUCGCAGUCUACAGGUGUUCGACACGGAGCUGAGCGCCGACACGGUGGAGUGGUGUCCUGUUCCGCCGAGCCACCACAUCCUGGCAUGCGGGACCUACCAGCUCCACAAAGGUCCAGACAGGGCAGGGGAUGAGGAUGCCACGCCCAGCCGAACUGGUCGUUUGUACCUGUUUGAAUUUGGCCAGAAGGGACACAUGAGUCCACCUCUCACUGAGCUCCAGCGCUUAGACACCCCAGCAAUUCUGGAUCUGAAAUGGUGCCACGUUCCUUUGUCAGAGAAGCCUGUGCUGGGAAUGGCAGCAGCCAGUGGAGAGCUGCAGCUUUACACACUGUCAGUCAAUCAGGAACGCCACUACAGUCUGCAGGCUCUUAGCAGCCUGGAGGUGGGAGUAGACCGACUGGCGCUGUCAUUAGACUGGUCCACGGGAAGAGGGGACAGCAGCGAUGUGCGGGUGGUGUGCAGCGACUCGGCAGGCUGCAUUAGUGCUCUGUGCCUGGCUGAAGGUGCUCUGAUGCCUCUAUCCCAGUGGAAGGCCCAUGACUUUGAGGCCUGGAUCUCAGCCUUCUCUUACUGGGACACACAGCUGCUGUACUCUGGUGGGGAUGACUGCAAACUGAAGGGUUGGGAUCUGAGAAUGGGCCCCUCCUCCCCCACUUUCACCAGUAAGAGACACUCAAUGGGCGUGUGCAGUAUUCACAGUAACCCACAUCAGGAGCACAUCCUGGCUACAGGAAGCUAUGAUGAGCAGGUUCUGCUGUGGGAUGGCAGGAACAUGCAGCAGCCUCUCAGCCAGACCAGCUUGGGUGGUGGAGUGUGGAGGCUGAAGUGGCACCCGACCCAUCCACACCUGCUGCUGGCUGCCUGCAUGCACAACGACUUCCACAUCCUUCACUGCCAGCAAGCCCAGGAGGGCAGUGGAGGAGCGUGUCCCAUCCUUGCCUCCUACAUCCUCCAUAACUCCCUGGCUUACGGAGCCGACUGGUCCCACCUGCCCCUGGACGAGCCCGCUCCCUGCUCCCCCACCACUGCAGAACCAAAGAAAAGCUUCAUGGAGGAUGGAGGACACCUGAGGAUUCAGUAUGAAUCUCCCACUGCCAGCUUUGACACCUCGUUAGAGGACGAUGCGGGACGAUACAUACCAGAGGGUGCAACAUCGCCACCCACCAGCUCUGCGUCAGGACAAGCCCUCAGCCCAGACGGCGAUUCCCCUUUGCUGUCCUUUCUGCUCGCCAGCUGCUCUUUCUAUGACCACAUGCUGCACGUGUGGCGCUGGGACUGGACUCCUGACGAGUGUACAGGCCAGGGCCUCGCUGAGCAGGCUGCAGCAGGGGACAAGCUUACACCAUAGAAUAUCUUACAUCAAACCAUACAGUCUGCAGAAUGUACAGCCCAAACAUAACAUGGGCACAAUAUGUUUCAUCUGUAGUGUUAGAUCUGAAGACGAUGCUUUUUCUCUGUUGUAAAGUUUACAGACAAGAGGCGAUGAAGCACUGUGAUCAGGGCCCUGAAUUUUGGAACAGUCCACCAGAGAUAAUGCAAUAAGUAAGCUCUGUAUUUUCUUCAGAAAAACAGAAAACUCAUCUCUGAGUCAGUUGCAUUGAAGUGACUCCUGCUAUCAUUGUGCUGUAUUGCCCAUUUUUUGGCUGGCAGUCUAGUGCAGGUAAAGCAAAAUUGAACUUUGGUAGAGUGUUGAGUUUUAUAGUUACCUGGUUAUGGGUCCACAUGUUGGUGAAAUAUCCUUAUUAGUUGCUCCCUGCUCCCCUUAGCCGCUAAUCCACAAUACUGUGUGUUUCUGUCUCUCAGUUCUCUUCCAUAUUGUGGCAAAACUGGUCCAAAAAUGACACUUUUAGCACAUAAACCAAUGCAAUGGGCUAUGUCAGUAUGAAAAAAAAACAAGUGAAUGUAGACAGAAAUCCAGUAUUGUGGAUUAGCAGCCCAGGGGAGCACGGAGCAACUAACAAGGAUAUUUCACCAUCAUUCAGACUCGUAUCACAGCCAGGGAACCAGACACCUUGGCAACACUAAAGUUUUGCUUUAAGGCUGGCAUCUGCUGAGUACACCUCAACAAGAUCCAGACAACGCGUCUUCCCUUUAUUGUAGUACAUUUUUAUUUGCCUAUAGCACUGUGUACCUUUUUGUUAAGAGCUAUAUAGUUAUGAAAGGAAAAAGCAGCCAACCAACACACAUUUUAACAUCUGCAUACUUCAUAGUCAUGUAUGAAUGAAAUAGAAAAUGGCAAGACUGUUCACUCUGCUACAUUUUUUUUAACCUCAUGGCAGAUAUAUAUGUAUUUUUUAAAAUGAAAAGACAUCCACACACUUCACUGUGCCAAAAUCUUUUAUUAGCUGCCAGUGCUCUGCCAGACUUUCAAGAGAGUGUGAUGGAGUCUGUGGAAGUGGAACAAGUCAUUUGAUUACUGCGAUGCAAACCACCUUUUGUCGCAGUAUGUGACCAUGAGACCUGUAGUCCCAAGGGAACCUCAAAAACUGAAGUUAUGUAACAGGGAGUGCUGAAUAUAUGAAAUACAAAAUAUUUACAUUGUCAGUGAAUAUACUGUAAUUAAUGGAGAUUAUUCUUUUGUAUACACAUCAAACAUGAGUCAUGAAAAAGAACAUGCAUUCCAUUUCCAAAUUCCACUUGCUUUUUGUUAACUGUCUCUGUAGUCUCAGCUUCCUGUGGGAUUGCCAAGAAAGCUUUCACUCUGGAAAAAAUCCAAGGGGUUUUGACAUACUGAUCACUGUCCAGGAUUUCUACAGUCAUGGAAAACCUGGAAAAGUCAUGGAAUUUGAAGAUGAUGUUUUGAGGCCAGGACAUGUCUUGGAAAAUGAUGAAAUAUCCUGAAUGUUUUGGAAAAAUCAUGGACAUUUUGAAUAAUGAACUUAACCUUGACAAGUUGAGCUGGAACUUUAGAAAGGAGAACAAUAAAGAUGUUUUCCUGGAAA